CUCCCAUAAACUUUUCCCUUUGUCAAAAAAAAAAACUUUUCCCAAAUUAUCCGCAGCCACCCCUCAGGAGUCAGGAGCUUCGCACGGCACGGCACGCCGCUCCGCAGUCGGGAACCAUGGCGGUUACGCCGCUCCGCACGGCGGAGGGCCACGACGGCGUAGAUCCGGACCCCAUCCGGAGAGCUCUGAGAGGCGUCAGCAGCGUUCUCGGUCGCGUGGCCUGCGCGCUCGCCCCUGCGGUGGGCUCUUUUGGCACCGACGGCAGCUGCCGUCGCGGUGCGUCCGGUAAUCUCGCCGGGAUAGCCGAGAUCGUGGACGAAGGCGGCGUUGGCGGCCCCGCGGGUAUCUGCCCCGUCGGUGGCAGCGUUUUGGUCCGUGUCGGCGACGGCCGUCCUGUCAGCAUAGGGAAAGGAAACAACCUUACAAGCAGAAGUGCACAAUCAACUCAUGGAACACGGCGACCAAAUAUUAAACUUGAAGAUGAUGUUGAGAGUAAAUUAAAUUUCCAAACUUGGGAUGGGGUUUGCUUUGCUGCAGGAUGUGCUAGACAGGGUGUUUUCAAAAUUGCAGCUCAAUGAGGUUGUUCGGACCAGUGUGUUGUCAAGUAAGUGGAGGCUUAUGUGGGCAAUUUCUUCCAAACUAAGGCUUGAUGGCCCUACAAUAUGUGGCCGACCUCGAUAUUUCUGCAACAAACCAAACUACACCAAGGAAUUCAUUGAUGGUGUUAAUACGGUGUUGCAACAGCUUCAUGGCAAGGUGGUCGAAGAACUUGAUGUCAAAAUUGAAUUUGAGAGCAUAUUAGUUGAUCAUCUGAACAACUGGAUUAGUUUUGCUGUGUCAUCACUUAUGAAGAAUCUAGUUCUGGAUUUAGCACCAGCUAAAUUUGUGGAUGAGAAGGAUAGGUACAUGUUUCCCAUUGAAUUGUUCGAUGGUGCAUCCAUAUCUCGGAUACAACAUAUUAAGCUUAGCUGCGUAUCCUUCAGACCACGUUCCCUGUUUAGAGGUUUCCCAAACCUGCGGAAGCUUGAUCUGCAUCUAUUUGAUGCGUCUGAAAUGGAACUUGAUGACAUGCUGUCAGGUUGUGCUAAUCUUGAGUGGUUGAGCUUCAUUAGAUGCCAAGUGAAUGAUGAAUUAAAGGUAAAACAGCCACUGUCCCGUUUGCUGUACUUGCGCAUUGCGUAUUGCAGCAUUAAAAAGGUAGAAUUACAUGCAAAGAAUCUCAAGACUUUUGUAUACCGCGGGGUGCAAUUACCUAUUGACCUUGGCGAAGUUAAGAAACUAGAAACAGCAGAACUUCGUUUGUAUGGUGUCACUUUUGAGUAUGUCCUAAGUGUACUUCCAAGUGUGCUCCCAGGUGUGCAAAACUUCACCUUGAAGACUAGUUAUCUACCAGAGAUGCCCUUAUUACUGGAAAACAUUGGCAUAUUUUCCCAGCUGAGAUUUUUACGGCUGUUACUCCGAGUAAAUUGUAGUGAAAGCAAUAAUAUUCUCUCGCUGGCAUCCUUCCUCAGGGCUGCCCCUUUAAUUGAGGAGCUUGAGGUUCAUUUUGAUGCAUUUUGCUUGCAACGUGUGGGAUGGGGAUCUCUCCGGAGUCUUCCGCCUCAUUCAUAUAAUUAUCUAAGGAAAGUGCAUAUUACAGGGUUUAAUGGGAUGAUGGGACAACUUGAAUUUCUGGCACAUAUUGUGGAAAAUGCCCCUGCCCUAAGGAUUUUAAAUAUUGAUCCAAGAAAGAAGUUGGGUCGUUGUACGUGUUCUUUAGAUUUCUUGGCUAUUCAAGCUUCUGUUACAAGUAAACUUGCUGGAAAAAUCUUGCCUGGCACGGAAGUUAACAUUCUUUAGGAAUUCUUUAGUUACCCUGUGCAAGAGGUCUAAUGAUGUGCAGGCGCAGCUUUCUUUAGUUGUAUUCCUAUCAUCUGGGCAUGUGAUGAAUCAAAUCUAUGUAAAAGAAAUAUUUGUCCUUGUAACACUAAAAAAUGAAUUUUGAUCAUUAGAACAAUAAAAUUCAUUAAAAAAUGAUAAUA